AAUAAAGUAUACAUUGUAUAUAUUAUUUCAAAUAUUGCUUGUUUGUACCUCCCAAACUUGCAGCAGGUAAGAAUGGUCUGAUUUUAAAUGUACAGUGUAUAUACACCUUUCAUCUGAUUUAAGCAUACACUGUAUACAAAACAAAAGCACAAAAGUACAGUAUAUAUCACUUUAAAGGCCUUAUACUUGUAUUGCAUCUUGUGUGCCAAUGUGUUUUUAUGUCACCACCACAAGUGGUGACAUAUUGUUAUGGUCUCCAACAUUUUGUGGACAGGGUUCGGUGGUUGGUGUCUGUAACAAAUGGCAGGUGGUGACAUUUUGUACGUUAAUGCCUUGUACUCACCUUUGCUUCACUCAUAUAUUUUUUAACUAGAUGAUUUUCAGAGACAAUAAAGCCAUUAUUUGAUUUACAUAUAAUAAUCCAUGCCUUGAUAAAAGCUUUUAUCUUUCUCUAAACAGUUCAGUAAAAAGAUUAUCUCAUAAUUGAUUAUGAUCAAAUGAUAUAAUUGGUUUCAUUGUGCUGUCAUAAAAAACAUCAAAAGUUUGCUUUUCUUUUCAAAUAAAACGAUCAUUGAAUGUGUCACUUUGAUAAUGGGAUUAGGCUAAGCCAAGUGAAUGUCAAACCAGGAUUAAUUGGCUGCAUUAUUGUCAAAAAAUAUCUGUGAAGCUAAUUUAAUUUGGCGCUUCUUUUAUUUUAUAAAUUAGAACUAAACAAGCUUAACACCUUUUUUUGCAAAUUGGAUUAACUAAAGUAUUAACUACUAGAAUGUAGAUUUUUUCAUACAUGAGCAAUCAACCAAGCUAUCAACACUAUAUUCACCAGCCACUAUUUUGAUAUACUUAUUGAAAGAGAGAAGUGUAUUAAUUGUAUUUAUUGUAUUUACAAUGGACAGUCGUGGUAAAAUUGACCAUUUGGCAGAAUUGAAGGAAGCAAGGAGACUGCAAACGAACAAGCGCCAAAGGGAACGUUAUUGGCGUCGUAAGGAGGAAGCUAAGAAAAUAAAGCUACAGGAUAGUAAUGCUGUUUCAGAAAAUGCACCAUCACACUGUGCAGAUAAAACUGACUCUGCAUCAGAAAUUGUGCAAAUAAAGAAAAGAAAUGCCUCACAAGAUGAAAUAUUGCCUUUGACAAAUGUACCUGCUAAUGUUCAACAAAAUGGACUAGUACCACAGGCCAAUGUUCAACACAAUGGAGUAUUACCACCUGCCAAUGUGCGACAAAAUGGACUAUUACCAAAAGCCAAUGUUCAACAAAAUGGAGUAUUACCACCUGCCAAUGUGCGACAAAAUGGACUAUUACCACAGGCCAAUGUUCAACAAAAUGGAGUAUUACCACCUGCCAAUGUUCGACAAAAUGGACUAUUACCACAGGCCAAUGUUCAACAAAAUGGAGUAUUACCACCUGCCAAUGUGCGACAAAACGGACUAUUACCACGGGCCAAUGUUCAACAAAAUGGAGUAUUACCACUUGCAAAUGAUCAACAAAAUGGACUAUUACCACAGGCCAAUGUUCAACAAAAUGGAGUAUUACCACCUGCCAAUGUUCGCCAAAACGGACUUUUACCACAGGUCAAUGUACAACAAAAUGGAGUAUUACCACCAGCCAAUGUUCAACAAAAUGGACUAUUACCACCUGCCAAUGUUCGACAAAAUGGACUAUUACCACCUGCCAAUGUUCGACAAAAUGGAGUAUUACCACCAGCCAAUGUUCAACAAAAUGGACUAUUACCACCUGCCAAUGUUCGACAAAAUGGACUAUUACCACCUGCCAAUGUUCGACAAAAUGGAGUAUUACCACCAGCCAAUGUUAAACAAAAUGGACUAUUACCACAUGCCAAUGUAAAACCACCCUCAUAUGUACCACAAAAUAAACUAGUGCUUCCAAAUGAUGUUCAGGAGAAUCAUAUAUUGCAGCCCGCCAAUAUACCCCAGCAUGGACCAGUGCCCAGGAGGCUAUCCUAUAGGAGAUAUCACACAAGGUUACCACGGCGAUUGCCUUUCACAACAACCAGAAACCACCGGAAACUAAAUAUCUGGACUAAAUCUACAAACAGAAUCUCAAGCCAACGAAGAUCAAACAUGGAGCAUGAUAUUGAAUGGUGCCCAUCUGCAAUACAGAAGAACGCUUACGUAUCUGAUCCCAUGAGUAAUCUGCAACGUCGUCAUGUUAAUACCAGGCUACUAGUUAGACCCCCAUCAACAGCAUUUACAGAGAACUCAACACACACCUCAGUGCAUGCAUCAAAACAGAAUGGCUGGAAUAAGAACAGUAACAAGAGAUCUGCUCAGACACACACUGCAUCUAAACCAGCUGAUAAUGGACAGAAUGCUGUCAAUGAGGAUGCGAACCAAAGAAAGGCACGUGUUGCUGAAAUGUCAAUAGAACACGAGGAUGCGAAAAGAGCUUUGAAUGUUGUUUAUAAGUUCAUGCUAGCCAGACAUGAUAUGGAUGGCCAAAAGAUGGUCAGACAUGUGUAUCGUUAUGUCCGGCAACUCAUUUCGAAGGACCAGUUUAAAGAACUACAGAAUUUAUUUGAACAUUUAAAGUAACAUCCACAUGACUGGAGUUUGUAACCUCAGACAUAAAAUAAAAGUGAUGUCCAAUUGUUGUGAAUUCACUGUUUUCAGAUUCUAAUAUUCUGUGCUGAUCUAUAUUCCGAUAUAAUGAAUUGACAAAAUAUAUGGACAAAUGCACAUUUAUCAUGAUAAUUAAUUUUGGUGGACAUGGUCAUCAUUUUGAAAGAGACAUUCUUAAAUGUGUUUUGAACUGCCUUUACAGUACAUUACAAUGCACAGUACAUUUAUUUUACAGUGCAUAGUACAUCUAUUUCAGUAUUAGUCAUUUUCUUUGUUCUCUUGUUAAAUCAAGUUGACAAAUU